AUGGAUAAAAAUACAUAUGUCCUGAAAAGAAAUCUCAAAGAAAGAAUUAGUGAUUCGAAGGAGGUAGUUGUUGGUUACUCUAAAAAAGAAACAAUAGAAGAAGCACCAAGACGUCUUAGAUAUAAAAGACCAAGGCGUGUACUAAGAUGUCCAGCUCUAUUGGUGUUCCAGAAUUUUUUGAUUCAAUACUAUAUAUGUGAAAGAGUUUACCCACAUUAUUGUGAAAAGACUUGUGUCAAAUUGAAAAAAUUAGUGAUUAUUUAUGUAAUGAAGAAGGUAUUAGAUAUUGCACAGACACUGAUAAAAAAGUUGCCGUUGUUGGAUCUGACAGCUGGAUUAGCUACUGCAUAUUUCUUAAGACAAAAAAGGCAUAAAAUUGUUGCUUAUGAACAAAAACACAAAUUAGGAAGAAUGAUAAUUUAUGUACUUGAUAUUCCAUUCCAGGAGAACCUCUUAUUGUUGGCGCUGAGUUUCUACGACGUUGUUAGAGUUGCAAAAAGACGUGGGUGUGAAGUAUUUAUUGUUUACAGAAGAUCAGAAUAUGAGAUACCAGCUACUUCAUCAGAAAUAGAAGAAGCAAUUACUAUGAUAAUACCCUGUGUAAUCUAA